AUAUAUUCCAAACACUUCCAAACAUUGACUAACAUGAUACAGUGACUGCAGAAUAGAAAUGUCUAAAUAUUCUUUUCUGCAACUACUACCAGGUGGCAAUAGAGUCGAUGCAUAAUAUUUUUUGUUUGGAAUUACAUCUAUAAAUUAAAUAAAUGGAAACGAUAUUAGAACAGCAACGACGUUACCAUGAAGAAAGGGAAAGGUUGAUGGAUGCAAUGGUUAAGGAAAUGCUUUAUAAAAAGCCAGGGCACAGGGAAAAUAUAAAUUCGGAACACAGGUUAAAAAUGUUACUCGAUCAGUAUAUGGACAGUACUUUACAUUUACAGGAUCUGUAUGAAGAUAAAGAUGGACAAAGGAAAGAAGAGGUACAAGCACUCUCCGGGCCAAAUGAAUUUUCAGAAUUUUAUUCUCGAUUGAAAUCCAUAAAAGAAUUUUAUCGACGACAUCCUAAUGAGAUAAGUAUUCCAAUGUCUGUGGAGUUUGAAGAAUUAGCUAAAAUGAGGGAAAAUCCUACAGAAGAACUUUCAAAUCUUGUUGAAUUUACAGAUGAAGAAGGUUAUGGAAAAUACCUUGAUCUACACGAAUGUUAUGAGAAAUAUAUUAAUCUCAAGGGGAUAGAGAAAAUAGAUUACAUCACAUAUUUGUCAACUUUUGACCAUUUAUUUGAUAUCCCAAGGGAAAGAAAAAAUGCUGAAUAUCAAAAAUAUGUUGAAUCUCUAUUAGAAUACUUGACUGAUUAUUUGAAUAGAGUUAGACCUUUGCUUGAUAUAAAUGGAGAAUUAGAGGAAGCAAAUAAAGAAUUUGAAACACAGUGGGAAAAUAGUACAUUUCCAGGAUGGCCAAAAGAAACUGGUAGUGCUUUAACACAUGUUGGAGCUCAUUUAGAACUUUCUGCUUUUUCUUCAUGGGAAGAACUUGCAUCCCUUGGUUUGGAUAGAUUAAAGUCAGCUUUAAUGGCUUUAGGUUUAAAGUGUGGCGGUACACUCGAGGAAAGAGCACAAAGACUUUUUAGUACAAAAGGAGAAGCAUCACUGGAUCCAAAUUUGUUGGCAAAAAAUAAUAGAAAUAGGAAAUCUGGAAAAGGAAGAAAUUCUGAAAAGCAAAAAGAAAUAGCUCGUUUCGAAGCUCAAGUGUACAGACUUGCAGAAUUGGUAUCUUCCCAAAGGGUGGCUACAAAAGAAAAUGUUCAAAGAAAGCAAGCCAGAACAGAAGGUGAGAGAGGAGAUUCUGAUGCAGAAGCUAGUGCUAGUGAAUCAGAAGAAGAAGAUGAUAAUGAAGUUCCUUACAACCCUAAAAAUCUUCCACUUGGUUGGGAUGGUAAACCUAUCCCAUAUUGGUUAUAUAAAUUGCAUGGUCUGAAUAUUAGUUAUAAUUGUGAAAUUUGUGGAAAUUUCACAUACAAAGGACCCAAAGCUUUCCAAAGACAUUUUGCUGAGUGGAGACACGCACAUGGUAUGCGUUGCCUUGGUAUUCCGAAUACUGCACACUUUGCUAAUGUGACACAAAUAGAAGAUGCUUUAGCUUUGUGGGAAAAGUUAAAAGCUCAGAAACAAGCAGAACGUUGGCAACCAGAACAAGAAGAAGAAUUUGAAGAUUCUCUUGGAAAUGUUGUUAAUCGUAAAACAUACGAGGACUUGAAGCGACAGGGCCUUUUAUAAAAUGCUCUAAAACUGGAUAAUUCUGUUAACAUUACAGUUAAUUAAUUGAUAGAAACAAUAAAUAUGGGUACAAAUUUAUAUUAUAAUAAUAAACGUGGAUCUUGGAAGGGUAGACUUUGCCCUGUAACCAACCCUUCACUGAAGUACCGACUGCCGUAUAGUAAGUUAUCUAGACUCACCUCGGGGUGCCUGAAACCCCUGCAAUCAUGUUUUCUGGAGAACAAAGGA